UGAUCGUUUUAUUUUAAUAGCACUUUUGUCAUUUUAUGUCAAUGGUGCAUAAUUUUUGUACAACCUUUUUUUAAUUUUUUUGUACGAUUUUUGUACAGUUUUUGUACGAUUUUGUUACACUUCCAAUGUCUAAACAAACACCAGCUCGUGGUAGAAAAAAAUUUAAGGACAGACUGAAAAAGAAAAAACUUGGCAUUGAAGAGCCUGUCAGGAAAACCAUGUUUGAUUUAGUUAUGGAAAAUUUAAAGAUAGCUGGCAGAAAGACCUUCCUUCAUCGAGUCGUUUAUAUAGGAAGACAUACUUUCGACAAGGAGUCGGAAAAGGCUAUAUCGUUGUUUGGUAGAACUAUUGAGACCAAGGGCAUUGAGCCGAUUACAGGUUUGUACUUACAUUACCGUAAUUUGUUUGUUCACGUAGUUGAAACUGACGAAGAUAGUAUAACUAAACAUUUAAAAUUACUUUAUGCAGACCCAGAUGUUGGAUAUUUGUACGAUAUCAAAUUGUUAGGAGAUCUCUGUCAUAUCAAUAAUAGACUCAUUUCAUUUUGGGCCACCUAUGUAGGUACACCCAAACUGCUAGUUAACCCUCCCACACAAUCUGGUAAUGAGACUGUUAGAGAUGCUGCCAUUCAAGUUUUCAACUGCAUAAAUAAAAUAAACAGAUUAGUAGACAAAAUGUACGGUACAUCCAAUAUGAGUCUGGAAGAGGCAAACGAAGUGAGCGUUGUUAACGAAAUGAGAAGUAUAGAACCUAGCAUGUCCGAGCUCAAAAAGGAAGAGGGAGUGGGAUCUAAAAUACUUGGUUCAUUUUAUAUUGGCGAUAGUGCUUCUCCAUAUAGAGACUUUUUACCAGAAAAUGAAUUACUUGACUAUUUAGUGUCAUCACCAUUUACUCCUGACUUAAUGCAAUAUUUAAUAAUAUCAAGAACGGUCUUACAAGAAACUGAAUAUAACGACAGAGUAUGGCCUGUACCUGCAGAUUCCGUCCAGUAUGACGUUUUUGAAACUAUCUAUGAUAGAGAUGUUGUCAUGCCCAUAUCGGGAAGACCAUUUACCAGAAAAAAAGAGGGAUCAAGUGAGGACGUUGAUGAAUACCUUGAAGACGAAGAACAUAUUGAGAGCAAUACAUAAUCAUUUACUGACAAAAAUUAAAAAGCGAUAUCUAGAAGAUAUAAGGAAAUAAGUCACAAGUAGUCUUGUCUAAAUGUGUCCAACGUACAAGAAGAUUUGGUAAUUAAUGGUAAGAGCCGAUUUCCGUUAAUUUAUGACAGCAUACCUAGAUGUUGAAUGGAGAAGAAUUUGGUUU